ACAUUCCAAUUAAAAAAAACAAAACACUUUCAGAAACAUAAAAAAGAGACUUUUUACGAAAAACUCCAAAAUCGCCACCACCACCACCACCUUCUUCCGUCCUUAUACCCCAUACCCCCGUAACCCUAUCCCACCCCAACCCCCAAAUUCUCUUCUUUCCCAUAUUCCAAAUUAAAAUCCCAGAAAAACCCUUUAAGCAAUUCAAUUUUUUUGAGCAUUUGGCUUACCAUAUAAUGAACAAUCUCAAGUUUCAAGUGUUUGACUCUGUUCCAGCUUAAGGUUUGAGGAGAGGCCGUAGCACGUGGGGGUUGAGGCGUGCCACAUGGCAAAGCGCGUGUACCAAGUCUGGAAAGGAAGCAAUUAUUUUUUUCUAGGUGGCAGGUUGAUUUUUGGGCCAGAUGCAAAGUCAUUGCUUAUAACCUUAUUGCUUAUCAUAGUACCCGUCACUGUUUUCUGUGUUUUUGUCGCAAGGCAUCUGCGCCAUGAGUUUUCAUCAUACAAUGCAGGAUAUGCUAUUUUGGCAGUAGCAAUUAUUUUCACUAUCCAUGUAUUGGUGCUGCUGCUUCUUACAUCAGCUAGAGAUCCAGGUAUUGUUCCACGUAAUUCUCAUCCGCCAGAGGAAGAAUUCCGUUAUGACACUUCUGCAUCAGUAGAGAUUGGUGGAAGACAAACGCCUAGCCUUCAAUUUCCCCGGACAAAAGAAGUAACUGUUAAUGGGAUGCCAGUGAGAGUGAAAUACUGUGAUACCUGCAUGUUAUAUCGCCCUCCACGUUGUUCGCACUGUUCCAUCUGUAACAAUUGUGUGGAGCGAUUUGAUCACCACUGCCCAUGGGUGGGCCAGUGCAUUGGAUUGCGCAACUACCGUUUUUUCUUCUGCUUUGUCUCUUCUGCUAUGCUGCUGUGCAUCUAUGUGUUUGCAAUAUGUGCUCUGUACAUCAAGGUGCUAAUGAAUAAUGAUCAAGGCACAGUCUGGAAGGCAAUGAAAGAGUCGCCAGCAUCUGUCAUUCUAAUGGCUUAUUGUUUUAUUUCCCUGUGGUUUGUUGGUGGGCUCACCGGCUUUCACUUGUAUCUAAUAAGUACCAAUCAGACGACCUAUGAGAAUUUCCGGUAUAGAGCAGAAAACAGGAUCAAUGUCUAUGACCUUGGUUGUUUGAACAACUUCAUGGAAGUAUUUUGCACAAAAGUAAAACCGUCACGGAACAACUUCCGAGCUUAUGUACAAGAGGAAGAACCACGACCGCCUUUGCCUACUACCAGGGAAGCUGAAGUUGAAAUGGGUGAGGAUCAUCGAGUGAAGGUAGAAGAUGAUCUCGAUAUUGGUGGAGACCUUCUAAAGAUCUCACAGCGUCAUAAUAUUGAAGAUAUUGAAGCAGAUAUACGUAGCCGGGGGAGUGAUGUGCCCUAUCAUAAUUCAUCUGAGGCUGAUUCAGUUCAUGGGUCAGAUAGGCGAGCUCCCAACGUGCAAUCAGACACACGACACUCGAGCUGGGGAGGAAGAAGCGGGAGCUGGGAAAUCGCAUCAGAGGUCCUUGGCACGAAAACCAACGUCCCCGAGAGCAGGAGCCAUACUACUUCGCGGGAGCCUUAUCAAUGAUUUAAUGAUGUUGUACAGUUGACGCCAAUGGAUAUAUCAUUGGGCUGCACUUGUAACUUACUCCUGUAGGUUAAAUCUGUAAUACAUUAUGUCCUUUUCACAUUCUCAUUCACCACUGGAUACUAGACUGAUACAAAUAUUCUUUUGGGAAAAUUAGUGAAUAGGCGUGUGUGUAAUUUUUUGAAUGACAAGGAAAUGCCCUGUUUUGGCUUGCUGCUGCUUCUUAUUCUGUUCAAUUUGGGGAUGAACUGGCUUGUUUUGUGUAGACCUGAUGCCUCUGUUAAUUUAUAUAGAGGUGGUUCUCACUCA